GACAAUGAAAGAGAAAGUGCCCGACACCAAACGUUCUCAGGUUUUUCUUCUCGCGGCGGCCCAGGGCUCCAAAGGCGCGCGCGAGAGUGUCCCCUCUCUAAGUUAUGUGAGAACGAGGGUGAUAAGCGACAGAGUGAGAAUGGAAUCUAUUGGCUACCGGGGGGAACUUUCCCAACCUCCGUCGAUCCCGUUCAAAGUUCCAAUCUCCAUCUUCACCACACAGCAGACCCGGGAAGGAGCACCCAGACUCCCUCACUCAUUUGUCUGUGCGUUGUGCAGUAUCUAUGUAUAUAGCCUAGCUUUCCGCCACGUAUACGAGUUGACUGUCCUCCCAAUUACCCACCCCACCGGUGCAAUUGACAGGCAAUAAACGCGAAUGCCAAUACAGCAAGGAUGUCAAUCCAACCUUGUAGAAUCGACGCUUGUGGUCUUUGGCUCCCAGCUUCUGUUUUUCGGGGUGGGCUGGGUAUUUGUGAUGGAGAAGCUGUUCAAAGACUACGAAGUACGGACAGGCCUUGUCAGAGUUGUCUUCGCGGCCACGUUCGCCGCUUGUUGCACAUUGUUCGAGAUGAUCAUCUUCGAGAUCGGCGACGUUUUGGACGCGAGAUCGCGAUGGCUCCACUGGAAGAUAACUUUGUAUGGGAUGCUUUUUAAUGUCAUCGUGUUGCUACCAUUCUAUCAAUUCUACAUAUUAUUUGCGGAGCGAGACAAAGCAUGGUUGCGCCAGCGGCGGUGGCCAUUAGCAUCUUUGUGCUGGAUUGUAUAUCUGUAUUUCUUCUGGAAGAUCGGAGAUCAGUUCCCGAUCAACGCGGCGAGGGAUCCCGGAACGAGUGCUUACUUCGGAAUUGAACCGGGGAUGGGACGGGUGGGAGUCAUUGGAGUGACAAUGAUUGCCAUUCUCUCAGGCUUCGGCGCUGUAAAUAGUCCGUACACGACGCUGUUCUUCUUUCUGAGGAAGAUCACCGAAGCAGAUGUGUCUCUGGCGGAGAAGAAACUUCUACAAACAGUGGAUAUGCUGUUUGGCAAGAAGAAGAAGCUUCUGCUGGCUGAGCGCAGAUUGCGCGGGCAAGAAGAUUUUGCAGGGCAACAAAGUGGGAUGGGAGGGUUUAUGAAGAAUAUGUUCACGAAAGUGACGAACGGAUUCCGACACGGGGAAGAAAACAUCAGCAUUCUGAAGCACGAAAUAAAGGCCCUUGAAACUGUCAUGCAUCAGCUUUUCCUGGAUUUGGAGGAUCUGAACAUGGAACGAGACCGCAUUCGAAAUGCGCAAACUUUGAAGGGACAUUAUUUCAACGCUAUGGGAUACAUCUUCUCGGGGUACUGCCUGUGGAAAGUGUUUGCGUCUAUUUUGAACAUCAUAUUCAAUCGCGUCGGCGGGGCGGACCCUGUCACGCACGGGUUAAACGUCUUGGUGCACUGGUUCGGUUUCGACAUCGACAUUACUUUUUGGGCACCGCAAUUGUCCUUUGUAUUUGUUGGCAUUCUUGUCGUUUGCUCCAUUCGAGGUCUCCUCAUUCAGUUCAUGAAGUUUUUUCGUGCGUUUUCCUCAUCACUCUCGCCCAACAACAUUGUCCUUUUCCUCGCGCAUGUCAUGGGAAUGUACUUCCUGAGUACCGUCCUCAUGCUGCGAAUGAGCCUUCCACCACAACAUCGUAAAAUUGUAACCGAUGUGUUGGGCAAGAUUGAGUUCAACUUCUACCAUCGUUGGUUUGACGUCAUCUUUCUAAUAAGCGCCAUCGCGAGUGCCGGGUUCAUAAUGGUCCUCACGCAAAUCCAGAAACAGCGUGAUCUGGACAACUCGUUGUGGACUGGCGGCGGAAGUUUGCUGGGUGAAACCAAAGCACUCUACGAUUGAGGAGCGCUAGCGUGCUCCAUUCUAGCACGCGCGCCAAGCACGCGUCACAUAAAGCGCGAAGAAACAAUAAUACGUAGUUGUCUUCAGGCAUGCUUGGCGUUCAUCGAUAUCGUGGUCAUCUGCAAAGCGGCGAGAAACCACUGACGAGACAUCUGAACCUUUUUGGCACGGUCUCCGAUGCUUGACUUGCGCGCACGAUUUUCGGAUGGGGCACGUGUCCCCGGGACCCCAAAUCUACGCGUGACAUCAACGCAGCGGAGUCGACUCUUUCCUGUGAAGUCGUUCAAUUACGAUCGGAGUAGACAGGCUGGGGCAUACAAGACGUCGGUUGCCAGCAUAGUUGGCUUCAAAGGGGGCCGGCCAUCCACGCCCACUUUCAUUGUACCGCUUGACGUGUAUAUCUUUCUGACGUUCUGCCCGAUGAAGAUGGCAGUAAAUAGGUGAUACGGAAUAAAACGUUUUUGGACUCAUAAGUCAGU